AAAUGUAAGAAAAUACUACUUGCCCCUUGAAGUCUUUUUUUUUUUUUUUUUUGGUACCAGAGAUUUAACUCAGUUGUGCUUAACCACUGAGUCACAUCUCUCAGCCCCUUCUUAUUUUUUUCUGGAGACAAGGGCUUGCUAAGUUACUUAGGACCUCUAUUGCAAUAUUACAAGACACAACUUUUAUCAUCAUUCUGCUGAUUCCUUGGCAGUUACUAAAGACCUGGAAUGGCCAGAUAUCAAGGUGAAGUUCAAAGUUUGAAACUGGAUGAUGAUUCAGUUAUAGAAGGAGUAAGUGACCAAGUACUUGUGGCAGUUGUGGUCAGUUUCACUUUGAUUGCUACCCUGGUAUAUGCACUUUUCAGAAAUGUACAUCAGAACAUUCAUCCAGAAAACCAAGAGCUAGUGAGGGUGCUUCGAGAACAACUUCAAACAGAACAGGAUGCACCUGCUGCUACUCGACAGCAGUUCUACACUGACAUGUACUGUCCAAUCUGUUUACAUCAAGCUUCCUUACCUGUUGAAACAAACUGUGGACAUCUUUUUUGUGGUACCUGCAUUAUUGCAUACUGGAGAUACGGUUCAUGGCUUGGGGCAAUAAGUUGUCCAAUCUGUAGACAAACGGUAACUUUACUCCUAACAGUAUUUGAUGAAGAUGAUCAGUCUCAGGAUGUUGUAAGAUUGCAUCAAGAUGUUAAUGAUUAUAACCGGAGAUUCUCAGGGCACCCCAGAUCUAUUAUGGAAAGAAUCAUGGAUCUACCUACUUUACUGAGACAUGCAUUCAGGGAAAUGUUUUCUGUUGGGGGUCUUUUCUGGAUGUUCCGCAUUAGGAUAAUACUUUGUUUGAUGGGAGCUUUUUUCUAUCUAAUAUCACCUCUAGAUUUUGUACCUGAAGCCUUGUUUGGAAUUCUAGGCUUUCUAGAUGAUUUCUUUGUCAUCUUCUUGUUGCUUAUAUACAUCUCUAUUAUGUAUCGAGAAGUAAUAACCCAAAGACUAACAAGAUGAAAAAUUUUAAAAAACAGAGUUUACUAGAAUUUGAGCUAAUGUACAAACAAAAGGACCUAAGGCAGUGUAAAUCAUCCAAAUAUUAUCUUACAAGUUUAAAAACCAUUGUAUGACAAACAUUUGAUUAUCAUUUGACAAAUGCUUAGCAAUGUAUAACUGGAAUUUUUACAUGUUGCAGGUUCUAAUGUUGAGAUCUUAAUUAUGGUCUAUAGUUGUUAUCUUGAUACUAUGUUGUCUAUAAAGUCUCUGGGAAAAUAUGGAAUUAGAUUUAAAAAAGGUGGGGGGAGAUACCUGAUAUCUUUUUUCCCAAAAUUACUUAUGUUAAUUGGAUAUACAGUACAAUUUGUCAAAUGUACAAUCUAUCCAAUUUAUCCUCCUCAGUGGGUACUCAUACAAUAAUAUGUAGCUAUGAAACUAAUUAUUUUGUUACAAUAAAAUAUCCUACAAUAGUGGAGGAAAGUCAGCAUUUCUUUUAGUGCAAGCUUUGUGCAUUUAGACCAGUUCCGCUUUUCCAUUCUGGUAUAAUUCUUUGUUAUCAGCUAAAACUGAAAGAAACUUGAACUUUAUAAUUUCCCAUAUUUUGGUUUAUGGAACACUUUUUAAUCAAUAGAAGAAUUAACAAGAUGAGAAAUAUUUGUUUCUAGUCAGCACACUUGAUGGUCACAGAACAUUUAAACAAGAGUUUGGUCAUUUUUAGGAAUAAAUAUAAAGAUAACUUGUAAAGGGAAAAUUACUUUAGGAACCAGAUGAUCCUGAAAACACAUAGUUUUAUUCAUUUCUCAGGAAACUGGAUCUUCUUGUCUAUUAGCAUCAAAGACCUUAGGAAAGUACUAGGAAUAUACUAACCAUCUUUGGUUAGCCCUAGCAACAGAAUGGAAAAACUUAGUUGUCUGCUGUCAGAAAUUUUUAUAACGCUGUCACCUACAUAGCAGCAUAUAGCCCAGAUUCACCAUCUCUUGUGCAGAAUUAGCAAAUAUGAAGUGACUGGAUAGGGAAGUUCUCUUAUUUUUUUUUUCUUUCUGAUAGCUAUGGCAUGAGUAUCUAAUGCUCUUGUCUGCAGUUUUGUUUGGUAAGAGUCAUACCACAAAGUAUUACAAGAUCCUUACUUCAGCUCUCAUCAUUCAUAACCUGAUGUCAGUUGAUGAUCAGGAGUGAGUGUUACCUUUGUCAUGUGCAGUCACUAAUAUUAUCCUUUAAUUUUAGUAAGCAUGUGUAUGCAUAGGGAGAUAAAAACCUGUCACAUUCUCCCAAGUUAAUCAGAUUAGCCAUUAAAUGAUAAGAUUCUGAAUGAAAUUUCAAUUAGUGUUUUCUAAUUAAUUUGGACCCUAGGACAAAGCUGUUGCUUGUCACAGAAACAGUAGUACUCAGACAUAGCACAUGAUUAAAGCAAUUUCUCACACUUUCAUUUUAUCCUUAGGGAAAUUUUAUGAGAAAGGCAGGGUAUCAUCUUACUUUACAAAGAGAAAAUCCCAUGCUAUUGACUGACGUUACUAUUUUGCCUGAAGUUUUGCAGCAAAUAAGUGAAUGAAUUGGUCGAUAUUUAGACAUGAAGACUAUUUUGAAGAGGAGAAAUCAGGAGAAAAACAGGAUCCUUUGGAAGUCUUUCAUAAUAUAUUAAUUCUUCACUGAAGUGAGAUAAGUGCUCCCAAGAGGAAAGGUCUAAAAAGAUGACACAUCAAAGACUUCAUGAAAAUUCUAUAUUUCCAAAUCAAAUGUCCAAGAAAGUAGCAAUAUAUCAUAGAAGAACAUUUCAGCUCAAUCACCAACUUGGGAAGCUAAUGAGUAGGAGUUUGUUAUAUCAGACUGGAAAUGCAUUUCCUACCUAUUAUAAAUUUGGUGUGGGGCAUUAGCAGUGUCAUCUUAUGAAAGGAUUUUACUUUCUGUGCAUGUGUUUUGUUUCCAAGUGUCACAUUUCUGGUUACAAUAAUUUUAUUGUAAUAUUUGGAAUUAUUACUUUCUUGGUAGAGAUGUAGUAUACCAAAUUUUUCUACAUACAAAAACACCGUAUGAUCUGAAGUAAUUAUUAAACUGAAAAGGGAACGUGCUGACAUUUUUAGACCUGCUUAUUAUGUCAUCUUUACCGAUCAUAGAUGACAAAAACAGAAGGGAUCCAAGAGAGUAUUUAAAGCAAGUAGACGUAAUCAGUGUUUUAAACAUUGUAGUAAUACUUCUGUGAUUCACAGUUAGAUCAAAUAAAUCAAAGCAACAAUUUAAAAAUAAAAAUAUUUUUAAACAAUAUUAUAACUCACAAAAACAGAUGGUCCAACCCCAGGAGCAGAUCACAUCUUGGGCAGCUCUGUGGGGAAUAAGACAGGGGAAACAACUGUUCUAACAGCCCACUAGAAUAGUGGUUUCAAUUCAUACAGUUCUCAGUGUUUGAGAGGAACAAGGGCAGAAAGGACUUGUACUGAUCCCUUGUGACUAUGCAGAUACCUACCUCACAGAGUUGGUAUAGAGUAUUGGUGGUUUGAUUAAAACUUCGUGAUUUUAGAGUUUGUCAAGUGUUUUAUUGUUUUGAAUAAAAGCAGCAUAUCUAAAAUUGUUUAAAA